AUGUCAUCAAACAUGAGAUAUAACUCUCGUCUGAAGGUCCGCUGCUCAGGGGAGAAAACUGGCUGUCAACGCUGCGCUAAUCUUGGCUCGGAAUGUAUCUUCUCGAUCUCGAGAAUUGGGAAGGUGCCGGGGAAACGAAGCAAGGCCAACCGUGCCGCAGCAGCAGCUGCCGCCGCUGCCGCCGUUACGGCUCCCCCAUCAUCCAUAUCGCUCACGUCGCCCUCACGCCUGGAGUCCGCAAAUGGGACAAUCACAGCUUUUCAGCCGUUUUCAAACGCCAUCAAGGAUGAAGGCGGCUCAGGGGUGACUCCUUCAGCGCGCCAUGUUCCGUCGAACUUCGCUGUAGAUCCCAUGAUCACCCCGUUGAUGGUGCACGAUUAUUCGAGCAGCAUACCAUUCUACUCAGGGGCCAGCUAUGCACCGGAUGGUCUGUCCCUCGCAGACACAGCACCCACCUCAACACACAACAUAUCCCAUCCUCUGGGUCCCAAUAUCGACCUAAGCCUUCAAGAACCCGGCAACUUUUGCUGGGCCUCCGACUUGGAGCCCCUUAGCGCCAACAGCCUCCCAACACCGGGACUAGAAAUGUCAGCGAGCAGAGACUCCUUAAGUCUGGACCGUCGACUCAGCCACGACUGGGAAAUGGAGACGAACGUCGCUAACGGCAGCUGCGACCCCAGUCGAUCUUGCACGACCUCGAUCCGGCAACCCGCAACUCCACCAGAGUACCUAGCCGACGAAGGAAUAUACCCGGUCAGCGCUCUGGAAAACAUGGGCCCCGAGGCGAGCUACACAGUAUACCUACAACUGCUGCACAACAUCGAACAGACGCUCCUCAUGGGCCGACACCGCACAAAGGAGAACCACACGCUCGACGCCGUCCUGGCCGCCAACCAGCAGUAUCUGACGACUCUCCUGCAGCUAAGCGAGAGCCUCAGUUUCGAGCAGAUGUACGACGGCCACCUGCUGUUCACCGUUGCUCUGAGCAAAAUCAUCACCCUCUUCAGCUUCGGGUACCGCGACUUCACGCUGCGGUCUGAAGCACACCAGUCCAUGGGCUGUGCGGAGCGCCUGAUCCGCUUCGGGGUGUUUGAGAUCGACUUCGUCGAGCAGAAGGCUAUCUGUGAGGGGAUCUUCCUCAGGGAGCUGAAACGUGCCGGAGUGUGUCUGGCCAGAUUGAUGGACGCGUUGCGUCGGGAGAAAUUCCCAUAUGCCCACGGCCGGCAUGAACGGUUAUGUGAGGAGAUGAAGCAGCAUAUAGACCAGUUAACGAGAGCAUUGGAGGCGAGCGAGGCAUGA